AUGGUCGGGAGGUUGGAGGUUGGAGGUUGGAGGUUGGAGAUUGGAUUUACGAGACUUGGGAAACAGGUGAGACAGGGAGAUGGUGAGAAGAGAGGAGAGAAAAAAGAAGAAGAAAAAUACGCCGCUGAUGUCGUUGUACAUAAGUAUCCAUAUCUUGGUGUUGUUGGUGUUGGUGGUGGAUACGCUGGAUACACUGUGAGAAUUCUAGAGUUCUAA